CCAAUAAGAAAAAGCACCCGGUCGGCGCGCCUUUGUCUUUCGUUUCCCUGGCGACCCUUAAACGGUCGCUCUUUGCGUGUCGUUUAAGACCAAUGAACUCACUUGGCCUCUUUCCUCCAUUUACUCGCUGUGAUGGAGAAUCCGUCUGAAUUGCACCACCACGACGAAAACGAUAUUGCAGCUGCAGAAUAUGGAGUCGCCGAUGAGGAAGAAAAUGACGAUGAAGAAGACGAGGAUGAAGACGAUGAAGAAUACGUCCCCGCUGCGUGGUCUUCUAGGGUUUCUCACUACGCUUCUCAUAGCCCUAUCACAAACGAAGUAAUUGUCAUCGCCGAUGAAUCGCAGAAUAGCGUGGAAGAGGAGAGAAACAAACGGCGCAGAACCGAAGGAGGCGAGGCUUCUUGUUCUUUCGCAAGUGGUAGCAGCGACGGUAGCCAAGGGAAUGAGUGGAACCGCACCGACAUUGAUGGCCUCAUUUGCCCUAUUUGCAUGGACGUUUGGACCAAUGACGGCGAACAUCACAUCUGUUGUCUUCCUUGUGGACACAUAUAUGGCAUGUCAUGUAUCAACAAAUGGCUUCAACAGAGAAGAAACUCGGGGAAGUGUCCUCAAUGUAAUAGGAAAUGUUCGUUGAACGAUGUGAGGAAACUCUAUGCUUCCCGAGUAGUUGCCGUUGAUGAAGAAUCUCAGAAGAGAAUUCGUGGCCUCGAGGCCAAAUGUGUUGCCCUUGAAAGUGAGGGCAGUGAUUGGCACAAGAAAGAAGCCAGAUGGCAGAAAACAGAAGCUGCAUUGCGUGCCCAAGUUCAAAAGCUUACAGAGAGAAACACUUAUUUGGAGCAGCUGCUACUAGAUAUGCAGAGCAGGCAAUCUGAUUUGAUAAAUGGCAAUGGAAACUCUCAAUGGAGAUGUGAAUCUGAACACAACUUUGGCCCAAAUCACCAUGGAGGGGGAUCCUUUCGCAAUUUUGAAUUGCAGAAAGUGUUUCAUCUGGACGGUGCACGUGUAUUUGAUAUGGACAUUUCUAAUCAAAUUUUGUUAGUUGCACAAAAGCCAAAGGCGAUCGGUGGAAUACAUUUGCUAACUAAAAUGAGCUUGAUAUCUCCGUUUGAGAUGCAAGAUAUCUUACUGCCCUCCGGUACAAAUGGUGUUAAAGACCUACAUAUUUCUCCUUCUAAUAGUGGCUUGGCCCUCUAUGCUUCAUUUGGGAAGAAAUUAUCAGUGGUCAGCUUGGACAGUAGCAACCCUGUUAUCAAUUAUGAUCUACAGGAUCCAGCAUGGUCUUGUUCGUGGGAUCUCAACAGUUCACAUUACAUAUAUGCUGGACUACAGAAUGGUUCUGUCUUGGUGUUUGAUAUGCGCCAAACUGCAGGGCCCAUGAAAUGUUUAGUUGGGUUGACUAACAACCCUGUUCAUACUGUACAAUCUCUUGCACAAACUUCGGGUUUUCCUUCUGGUGUUAAAACCAUCCUUUCUGCAUCUGCCAUUGGCAUUUGUCAGUGGAAUGUUGAUUCUGAAGAACGGCCACUUAUGGUUCCUGAAACUGAUAAUCAAGGAGUUUGUAUAUCCCUUGCCUAUUGUCCCAGCAGCGAUGACAUUGUUGGUUCUUACCGUCCAAAAUUUGACAUGUCCAUGGAUGUGCCUCUAUCUCAACCAUCGCCCACUCCAUAUACUACUGGACAAGUGGUGCAGGGCUCUCAUGUCUUGUUCAAUGGAAUGGGAAGUCAUCGUUUCCAAAAGGUGGGUUCCUCAUAUGCCAAUGUAAAUAAAAUUCGACUACCAAAAUGUGUAAUUAUAGACAUAGAGAAUCAGAGUAGAUUUUUUGCAUCUGGGGAUGAAGUUACAUGUGAUUUGGUCUUGCAUGAGUUGCCUUCUUUUAGAGUUCUUCAGCAAUUCAAGAUGCCAGCUCAGGCCCGUGAUCUUAGGUACUCACCUAGCCGUGGAAUACUUGGUUGUUUAAGUGAGAAUACAUUGCAGCUCUUCAAAGCCAAACUCUCGUGAGGAAGGUAAUUCUAUAUUUACUUAUUGCAUCACUGUAACAUAUCUUUCAAGAAAAAAGGGGGUUCAUUGAAGUUGAGUUUUUUUGUUCUAAAUUAUUUUACUUAGAAUUUCAUCUGUUCCUACAUCAGUUGAGAUAUUAUUUCUCUGCCCCAAAGCCUAUGAAUGCUUUGUUUUUCUUUAAUUAUUUUGCGGGGGAAUUUCAUUUCGUAAUUUGUUAUAUUUUCCUAGAGCAGUGAUAUUGAUAUGGAUAUUCUGUGACAAUAGUGAGACAUACAUUCUCAUUCUCAUUAAGGACAAAGUAUGAAUACAUGAAUGUUACUCAAGUUAGAUG